AACGUCAUAUUCGGAGAAAACGUAAACAUUGCUAUUGUUCGCGGUAUAUACGGUACGCAUACGUUAUGCAACGACAUCAUUGAAGCCGGGCCGGGGAAACAAUGGAAUACGAUCACAUACAAAGGAUUCUAAACUUUGAACGGACUCAAAUGUGUUUUCAAGUGAUCCAGUACUGAAUCUGUAGCCACAUAGUCCAUUCGUAAAUCGCAUUUCGAUAAUUUCCCGGUUCGACUUUCCGUGAUUUUCGUGAAAAACUAUAAUUAAGUAGUCUGACUCUGAGUCUGAAUGUGAUCGUGAACAGCUCGCUACUCGACUACAGUCUACAGCACCGAAUGUUCGUAGAGAGGAUUGUUCUUCUUUCUAAUUCUAUUCCAGGCUGAGGCUGAACUUCUGAAGUCAUGCAUGUGAUCAAGAUGUUCAAAGUUGAUGUUGCCAGAGCAGUAUGUCCAAGACUCAUCCCAUUCAUCAACGGAACCAUCCUCUACUUUCUGCUCCGACCGGAACCCUCGUGGCUGGCCAUCGCUUGCAAGUGUCUCCCGAUCCUCUGCCUUUGCGGCUUCGUCAUACACGAGAUUUACCUCUUCUGCAAGCAAGGGUUUUCGGUCUUUCCCAAGUACCAUCUCGCAAUCCUAACCGGUCUCGUCCUGUCCUGCAUAGGCGAUGGCUGUCUUGUCUACGUCAACCAAUACUUCAUCCACGGACUUCUCUUCUUCGCGCUGGCGCACGUCAUGUACAUCUUUGCGUUUAGUUUUGGUACAAACCCGAUAAAACCAUCCAUCCUGGUGCCCUUGAUGCCCUUUGCUGGGGUCGUCUAUGGCUUCCUCUACCCAGGUUUUGCUGCUUACGAACUUACAUUCCUCGGCGCCCUGUACAUCAUCCUCAUCGUGCUCAUGGUGUGGAGGGCGAUCGCCCGGGUCCAGUUUUCAGAGAACCUCUGGACGUGGACCAAAAUGGCCGCCGGGAUAGGCGCGGUCCUGUUCUGUAUCUCGGACCUGGUCCUUGCAACGAAUAUGUUCCGCAGCGCUAUCCCAUCAUCCCAAUCCAUCGUCAUGACAACCUAUUACACAGCUCAGCUGGGAAUGGCCAUGUCUGUUGUGAGCUAUGGACACGGUAUUGAGAAAAAAGAGAAAUAAGCCUGUCUUCCAAGACAUAGUACUUAGAAUCCUUAUUUUCAUACCUAAUAAAUGCUGCUUAAUAUUUUAACAUAUAUUGCAACUUACAUUUAUUUAGAAAUAAAAAGAAAAAAAAAGUCUUGCUCUGUUUGUAAUAUAAUAUAUUGCAAUAUAAUUAUAUGAAGGUAGAAUAUAACUUGCAUUUUAUCACAUUGCACAAACUGUUUUUGCAGAAAAAAGUACAGUAAGUAUAUUAAAGUAAUCUUCACUUUUUAAAUGUGGUCCAUAAAGAUUUGUGUGCUCUUAUAUAGUAUUACAUGUAAAGUUUUAUGAUCCAUCAGUGUUACCAAAUCAUCAGGACAUCACUGUUUGGUCUUCCAGACUGAUUUAUUGAUUAUUGGUUUGUUUCAUUUCUCUUUCCAUUUUCAACUUGCGAAUGAUAAUGAUAUGAUACUUGCUUAUAAAAAGCGCCUAAUAUUUCUUUAUCAAAGGCCAAAAUAUUCUCUAUGAAGCACUCUACAAUAAAUCAGAAAUAUAGAAACAAAUCAAUGAUACACAAAAAAGUGAACUUAAAGAACUUUAUGAGUGGGUAAUAUGGAUCCAUACUUAAACGAAAUGCAAUAGAUAUAUCAUCAUUUCUCAAAUAAAGUAUUGAAUUUUUAAGAUUUACAUGUAUGAUUGAGAGUUUGUGGUCUGAUGGUGCCUAUAUGUACUUACAUAUGUACAGCUUGUUAUUCAUGUUUUCUUUGUUGAGAAAAGAAAUUGUUCAACAUCAAUUAUUUACAAUGGGCAGUUCCACAUGAGAAAAGAAUUGUCUCACUCUAUAUGUCAAGUUGUCAACCAAAGUGUAAACAAACCAAAAGUAAUUAGCCACUACACAAAUCUUUGGAUACAACAUUUUUGCUAUGACAGUCUGUUCAGUACAGGUGUACAUGUAUGUACAUGUAUGAUUGAUAUCAUUGUUUUGUGAAAAACUUAAAUUGUAUCAAUUUUAGGUAAUCAUAUCGCAAAGGGUAAACACCAUGUACCACAAUAUCUGGAAAGACUGUAAUAAACAAUUUUUCAAAUGGUGUAUAGCGUUCUGAAUUAAGAAAGGACUAUAAAAUGGACUGAAUACAUAUAUGUAACAAGCAUACAAGAACUUUGCCCAAUAUUGCAUUGUCCAAUGGCAUACAUUUACAAGUACAUUCACAAUGUAUUUUUUUUACCAAGCUCGCCUAGUCAGCUUUAUAAAUUAAGAAGCAUCCAUAUAUCAAUAUUGUUGGAAUAUUUUUUACCUUAUAUUAACAUGCAUUAUUCAGGGACCAUAUUUAUUUUGCUGGCUGUGUUUCAUCGCUAUCCCUCAUGUAAUAUAAAGAGGUUUUAAACUUGCCAUUGUUAUUCUGACUCAAUUACUAAUGUGCAUGUACCAGUCAGGUUUUGAUCUGUUCGCAACUCAUGUACAUAAAGCAACUACUCUUUUUCUCUGAUGUAUUAAGGGUUGAUAUUUGCACAAAGAGGGCGGUUUAUUGUUUUUAUUAUUUUGGUUUAAAAACUUUAAUACAUGAUUCUAUCUUCCAGGGGUAUAUUGGAUAUAUAGGUACAUGAUAUGAACUAGUUUAUCUUAAAUGUCAAUUACUAUUUAAUUCUUUAAAUUAACUGAUAAAACACAGUGUACAUGUAUGGUAAAAGAGGCUGCUAUGUUAGAUGUUUUGUCCUUGUCUUGUAUGAGAAAUCAUCCACUAAUAAAAAUGAAUCGGGAUAUUCUUUAAAUUGCACCUACAUGCAUUUGCAGUGUUUUGCACACAAUCUGAAAGGCUUAAAUUAUGGAUAUCCACAUUAUAACAUUUUUGAAAAAUAUAGAAAUAGGAAAAGAGAUAAACAAAGAAGAAGCAAUUAAGGCAUAGUAAUAUUCAUUCUAAGUAUCACGAUUGUUAAAAUAUUGAAUAUAAUUCUCUUGAUGUGUUAAAUAAAACAUGCAAGUAUAUUAUAUAAAACAAACAUAGAAUUUGAUUUAAAUAUACUUUAAGUCUUGCUUGAAUUGAAAUCAGCUUGUUGAAUAUGACUAAAUUGUAAACACAAACUUUCUUGUUUCUUAUUUUGCAAUUUGAGUAGAUACAUAAGCUUUUCUCUAUUUAUUUUUCAAGGUUGAAGUGAUCACUAUGAAAAUGGGCAUUUCCUUGAAAUGAUAAACAGGGUAUUUAGUAUGUCUCCCCUCAAUUUUAUUAUUUUUCUCAAUGUUUACUUUAUUUCAUGAACUUUAACAUCAAUCUAUGAGAGUUUAAGGGCAUCACACAUUGAACAGUAAGCAGAGGUGAUCAUGUCUGUGGGGUCCUGCUUGUGGAAACACAACAUUUGCUCUGGGCUUUAUUUCGUCUAAGAUAUAGGGUUGGGGUUGCAAUUGGGUUUUAUGCUAGGUUUAGGGUUCGGUUUAGGAUAGGGUAUAAGUAAAUGCAGCAUUGAAGUUGGUCAUUUGAUUAAUGUUUGGAAUUUGCAGCCGGAGCUAAUGUCACAAAACUCCUGUUUGUUGGGGAUUAGAUAUAAUCAGGGUGACCAGAAAUGGACAGUCAAAAUACGAGACACUUCGAUGUCUGGGGAGUGUUUCAUCAACAUUUUCAAGUUGUCAGAUCUGGUAACUGUCGGAUAAAAUGGGACUUGUCGGAUAAAACGUCCGACAAGUCCUUUUAUAAAACACUCCCCAGAUCAGUGGCGUAAUGAGCUGAACUUUUAUAGAAUGCAAAAUUUCCAAAAGGCUACAAGCGAGCGACCAAAAAUUUGGGCAUUUAAAAAAACCGACAUUGGUAAAAGAUGUUGACAUAGUAUGUAGACAACAUAUAUUUCAUCCUCAUUUUUUCUUGCUAUGUAUUUGAGAAAAAAAAUGGUAAGGUUUGAAUAUUGUCACAUAUUUUUGUGUUAAAAAUCUUGAAAUACUGGACAAAACGGCAUCCUGGACAGGGUCUCACGGGACAAAUGGCUGAAUUACAGGACUGUCCCUUUAAUUCCGGGACGCCUAUGGCCUGUCUUACUAAGAGUUACGAUUGAUCCAAUCAAUCGCAACUAUGGAAAGCCAGCAAAGUCAACAUCAUAUACAAUGCAUGUUUGCUCAAAUUUUUUCUAGAUAUGAAUGUAUAUCCAUAAAUUCAUUGAUUUCUUGACAGUUCGGUUUGUUCUCCUUUCGUUACAAUGGAAAUUUUGCACAUUUCCUGUAGAACAAAUUAUGACACUGAUGGAUUUCCAGAGUUGUUUGUUUUAAAAAAAAUUCUAGAUAUAAAUGUAUCUCCAUAAAUUCAUUGAUUUCUUGACAGUUCGGUGUGUUCUCCUUUCUUUACAAUGGACAUUUUGCACAUUUCCUGUAGAACAAAUUAUGACACUGAUGGAUUUCCAGAGUUGUUUGUUUUAAAAAAAAUUCUAGAUAUAAAUGUAUCUCCAUAAAUUCAUUUUGCACAUUUCCUAUAGAAAAAAUUAUGACACUGAUGGAUUUCCACAGAGUUACGAUUGAUUGGAUCAAUCGUACCUUUUGGUAAGACGGGGCCCAGGUCACCCUUGAUAUAAUGGCCCAUUUGAAUUGGAUACAUGUUUUUAAGACAUUCACUAUUUUAUUUUUUUUUGAAUUUUUAAAAAUACUUUGUUUGCUUUUCCAUCAUGAUCCAGCAACCUACACAGUAAAAACGUUGUUUAAGAUUUUAUACAACGCUGUUUAAGAUUUUAUACAACGCUGUUUACUGUAUGAACCUUACAGUAUUUGUUUAACCGUUUAAACAAUCAUGUUUAAUUUUUUGAAGAUUAGAUAUUGAAAAUUAAACUUUGUUGCUUAAGAUUUAAACACUUAUCUAAAAUGUUUAAACAACUACUGUAAGGUUCAUAUAGUAAACAGCGUUGUAUAAUUAUUUUUUACUGUGUAUAACUAAUUAAUCUUUGUGGAGGAAACCCUGUCAUAGAUAGUAAUAUGUAUGCUGUUCUCCACUUUAAAAAAAAAUUAUUUUUAUGUACAUGUAUUAAUGUAUUAUUUACAUUGUAUUUAUCUUGUUCCUUGAUUUUGUUUUUUCCAAAGAAGUAGACUGUAUAUAAACAGAGAGAGAGAGAGAGAGAUGCAUGUACAGUAUGGCAUUUAAGUUAAUAUUUGAGUAUUUUUUCAAGAUUUCUUGUAGGGGACCUGUUUCACAAAAAAAAAGAUAAAUUAUGACAAUUAAAUGCCAGGUUUUCAGUAGCUUGUAACAAUUGUAACUUGCCAGUGGAGGGUUUGUGAAACAGGGCCUAUAAUCGAAUUGAUGCAGGUACUUAUUGGAUUUUGAUCUCAACAUUGUUCAGACUCACACAUGCCUUUGCAUGGAGUGCGCUUAUGAUAAGUGCGCUAUGAACGCCUAGCUUAGCCGGGUAAUAUAGGAGCGCCUUGAGCACCUAACAAGGUGGAUAUGUGCGCAAUAUAAAUACCCUAUAUUAUUAUUAUUAAGAGCGAUUUUGCUGUAUUAUCUCUAUGGUAAUAAAUAUACUGUAAAAAAUCCACAA